AUGAAAAAAAUAAUAAGACCAUUGGUUGGUUUGAUUCAGAGAUCCUUUUAAUAGGCAGCAUAACCUGUGCCAUUCGUGGGAACACAACCAUUCAUCAUUUCAAAGCACAGAAAUAUCAUGGCAUUAUAUGAUUUGACUCCUGAAAUAGGGAGUCAACACUUCAUUGCAUCUACAGCCACAGUAAUCGGUGACGUAGAAUUGGCAUCUCAAUGCGUGGUUUGGUAUGGUGCAGUCCUAAGAGGAGAUCUCAAUGGAAUCAGAAUCUUGAAUCGAGUCAUCAUAGGCGAAAGAUCAGUAUUGCACACCGCAGCAUCAUUACCAAAUGGCAUGCCAGCUGUGUUAAGCAUCGGAAAUAAUGUCAUGGUCCAAAAUGAUUGCACUCUCUACUCCUGCACUAUUGGCGAUAAUUGUUUCAUUGGCUAUAGAUCCAUCAUCCUUGAAGGAGCCAAACUAGAAGACGGAGCAGUCUUAGCACCAGGAACUGUUGUACCACCUGGAAGACUCAUUCCCAGUAAUUAAUUGUGGGCAGGCAAUCCAGCUCAAUAUGUGAGAGAUAUAGAAGAUAAAGACUUGAGUCAAUUAUCUUAUGUGAUCGGCAAUCAAUUUGCUAUAGCCAGAGAACACGAUUACGAAUAUUUACCUUACAAUAGUGCAUAUUUGUAGAAAGAAAACUCUCCAGAAGACUCCAAUCCAGAGUUGGUUGCUACCCUAAGACAAUUCGAAAACUGGGAAGAAGGAUAGGUCAAAUUAUGAGACAAAUCUAUUAAAUCAUAAAGAAGUAUAAAAUAAUUAAUAUCAA